AUGGAGCCUAUUGGAACCCUGAAGUGUCCUUCCGGCUUGAAGCUUUCCAUUGCUCUUCCUGGUCAUGCCCUCAACCCUUUCUCUGAUAAGAACGCGAGGGAGCAGGGUGUCCAUCUGGACUUGAACCGCCCGUAUAGCGGUGAAGAGGAGGAGCUGCGCCUUGGUGUUGGCAUGGGGGUGCACAGAGGGGAGGAGAGGGGUGUUCUUAGGAGAGAAAGCUCUAGGCAUGCACGCCUCACCAUGGAGCAGUGCAAGCAACUUGACGAAUUUUAUCGUCAAAAUCCUACAAUUGAUGUGAAACAAAAGAGGGAGUUGGCUGCUCGACUGAAUCUUCGGUUAAAGCAGGUGGAUUCCUGGAUCCGCAACCGCAGGUCAAGGUCUAAGCAGAAAUCCACCGAGAUGGAGUGCAAGCAACUGAAGGAAAGCUUGAACAUAGCUCAAGAGGAUAACCACAGCCUCCGGCUCCAGGUUGAGCAGCUCAAGACGAAGAACUUGCAGCUGCAGCUGCAGCUCCACACUCAUCACUGGCAGCACGCCGUCAGAGCUCCCGCUGGACAGCAAGCCAGCACUUCUGCAGCUACUGGCAUCUUCACUUCGCCUUGGCUUGACCCAAACCCUUACAGGGCUUGGUACUCGCCAAAUGCACUCUGA